UGACCAAAGGCAUCUGAUGUCACUUUUACUACCGCCACCACCACCACCACUAGUUCUCACUGUCCCCUGCACUUUCGUUCUGCUGGUACUAUUGAAGUGACCGCUUCGCACAACAAUGCACUGCAUUAAAGGUCUAAGGACCACUAAUAGAGGGAUUCUUCUGUUACUUAAAAAUGCUGGAAACUCUGCCCGGGUUGGCGCUGAAAACACGGCGUUGUACAGGACACAUCCCGGGCAGUUGUUCUGGUGGAGCUCAGCAUCGCACCUCCAGCGAUCCUUUCAUCAGACGACUCAUAAAGAAGAACAACGGGGCAAAAACAGGUUAAUACAUGGCCUGGAGGACCUGCUCUUCUACACCAUCACAGAUGGCAAAGACCAAAUCCCCCUGCCCCAGUUCAUUUCUGCCCUGAGGAAGACGGGCCUGCUCACCACCGACCCGAGGCUGCGCGACUGCAUCAGUUUGAUCCGCCAGUUCAAAGGGGAGGCCAGCGGACCCGUCGUCAUGGACCAGAAGCUCUUCAAGAAGUGUAUUGGCAGCAGCAUCAUACUACUGACCCAGGCCUUUAAAAAGAAAUUCAUUAUCCCAGACUUUCUGGAAUUUUCCCAGCAGAUCAAUAAGCUGUUCGACAGUGCGCAAAAGCAGGACUCAGGACAAGUAGCCGACUACAUUCCCCAGCUGGCCAAGUUCAGCCCCGAUCUUUGGGGUGUUUCUCUAUGCACAGUCGACGGGCAAAGACAUUCUGUGGGUGACACCAAGGUUCCGUUCUGUCUGCAGUCAUGCAUCAAGCCUCUCGAGUAUGCCAUCGCGAUCCACGAGCUGGGCUCGCAGCACGUGCACCGCUACGUAGACAAGGAGCCCAGCGGCCUCAAGUUCAACAAGCUGUCACUCAACGACGAAGAUAAGCCACACAACCCCAUGGUGAAUGCCGGAGCCAUCGUAGUCAGCUCUCUAAUAAAGCCUGUUUCAAAGAAGGCCGAGAGGUUUGACCAUGUUAUGGAGUAUUUGAAAAGAACAGCUGGUGGAGAGUUUGUGGGUUUCAGCAAUGCAACAUUUCAGUCAGAAAAGGAGACUGGAGACCGGAAUUAUGCAAUUGGUUACUAUCUCAAAGAGAAAAAGUGCUUUCCAGACAACGCAGACAUGACGGCCGCCCUAGACUUCUACUUCCAGCUCUGCUCCAUUGAGGUGAACUGUGAAUCAGCAAGUGUCAUGGCCGCCACAUUGGCCAACGGGGGCAUCUGUCCAAUCACAGAAGAGCGUGUUCUGAGCGCAGGGGCUGUCCGGAACACCCUGAGCCUCAUGCACUCUUGUGGCAUGUACGACUUCUCCGGACAGUUUGCCUUCCACGUGGGCCUGCCUGCUAAAUCUGGUGUCUCUGGUGCGGUGCUGCUGGUGGUGCCUAAUGUUAUGGGAAUGAUGUGCUGGUCCCCACCCCUAGAUCGCCUCGGCAACAGUGUUCGCGGUAUUCACUUCUGUCAGGAACUGGUGUCAUACUUCAACUUUCACAACUACGACAACCUGAGACACUUCACCAAGAAGCAUGAUCCGAGAAGACGGUCCGAUGAUGACCCACACAAGUCUGUGGUCAACUUGAUGUUCGCGGCCUACGGUGGGGACGUCUCGGCUCUCAGAAGGUUUGCUCUCUCUAUGGUAAACAUGGAGGACAGGGACUAUGAUUCUCGUACUGCCCUCCACGUCGCUGCUGCCGAAGGUCAUCAGGAUGCAGUCGCGUUUCUAACCGAAGUUUGUAAAGUCAACCCGCAAGUAAAAGACAGGUGGGGCAACACCCCUCUAGACGACGCCUUGCAGUUUGGCCACAGUGGCGUUGUUACCGUGCUGCAGGAGUACCAGAAGGGGUACUCUGACACCGAGGCGCAGCCUGAAGCUGAAGAGCAGAAGGCCACUUUGGACACCGUGAAGGUUGUGGUCUGAGCCAAAUGAGAGGCCGGGAGUGUGAUGGAACAUAAGAAGAGCUUCUAUUCUGUCCAGCAUUAAAUACCCGAUGCAGUCAUCAGGGGCAGCUCAGACGAUGGUCGGCCAAAGAUUAUUUGGGUACGUCUUAAAUUAGGAAGUGCACAUUUAGGGAAGGGUGAGGCCUCCCAAUUCAGAGAUUGUACAUUGUGAAUUACUUUUGUAUAUUGGUUAAAAAGGUUUUAGGAAGGAGGGGAAUUACAUUUAUUAGCAUGGCUUUGCAUACUAUGUCAAUGUGUUUGAUUAAUUUCUUUCUUUGUUAGCAGACUUUUAGUGCCAUAUAUCACUGAUGUAAAUAUGAAUAUGCUGCUUCAUUCAUUUGUUUAUUUAUUCCAGCAAGCAUUGACACUUUCUAUUCAGUAUGGAUUCAUGAUUUUCACCUUGUUGGUAGGGCUCAAUAAAGCUGUGAUUUGUAAAUCUAAAUUAUUGGAAUCCAAUAUGACUUACUUUGAAAUCACCAUGUAAAUGUGGUAAUAAAUCUGAUUGACAGAGUAUUUCCAAUGAUAUCUUUAUUUGUCAUCGUCAUAUAUUGUGACAAUUGUAUACAUAACUCUUGUCGGUUAGCCAUCCCUCCCUCUGAAUUCACAAAAAUAUUGUUUUUCCUCACAUUGUUUUGAUUGGUACUACAUAAGCUACAUACAUAAAGGCAUACACAAAAAUAGCUUUCACACUGGAUGGCCUGAGAAUGUAUGCAUUUCAUAAUGGUGCAACACACUGUGAACACACUGGACUUGUAUUGCUACUAUAAAGUGUGGUGCACAGAUUAGUAGCCCUAACCCUAAUUGUUUGUUUGAAAUACUGUCAAACCAGGUCCCCUCUUUAUUAUCAUGAGCUCCAAAAUUGAAAUGACUUUUGAAUCGUAUGAACCCGUCUCAUAUUCACAUGAUCACACCAAGCUCUCUGGCUCCUCCAGGCCUGAGUGUGUCAGCAACUCCCCGUCCCAAAGUCCAAAGGCCGGACACAGAGGGCCUCUGAAGCGGCCCCUGAUGCUGUGGAUGAUCUUAUGUCUCUCAGUGUCCACCAACGCCAGGAGGCCAGCCUCGUAGUCCAGCAGCACACCGACGCGCUCAGGCUUCCCGACGAGCUGCAAGGGGACCAUCUUGUUGCUGGUCAUGGCGGACCACUUCCGCUGGGCGUAACCAAACACCCAGGACGCGGUGUUGGUGCCCACGCAGUCUUCCCGGGCCAUCUUUGCCUCGGCCACGCCCAGGCGAAACUCUUGGGACUUUUUGACCGUCACUUCCCAGUAGUGACGGCCACCCGUUAUCUUCUCACUGCCGAACACCACGGCCCAGUCGCGGAAGCGCUCCGGGUUAUCUUGGACCUUGCUGGGGUCGAGGCCCAGCAUGCGGUAGAUGACCCCUGUGUCCUUCUUGAAGAGGUCCAGACUGCUGUGUGCAGUCCGCUCGUCCAGUCUGAACUGUAUGCCUGCAGUGAAUCACAACAAGGCAAUGUUCAUGCUUUUUUUACGUUUUAGUUGUUCAUGGGUAUAGUGAAUAGGUUAAAUUAUUUCCUAAUUCUUAUGGUAUAUCCAUAUAUAGCCAGACAUAUAAAAACAUGAUUAAACGCGUAUAAUAAACACGGCAGCCAUUGGUGAAAUUGACUCUCGUCUACCCACACAGUGAACUGACCCAGGACCCUUGAUCUGGUCUGUGUGUUCAGUGUUCCUCUGCACACCACUGACUGGAUGGUUGUUACCUAACAAUGUCUUUGGUUUACACAAUAUAUCUGUUUUAGCCUAACAAAAACGGUUGUUUCGUUUUUUCUUACAUCUAAUGAUACUUAGGACGAAAACGAAAUAUGAGCUCAU